UUGCCUAGUGCAGAUCUCUCCAGGACCAAGACCAAGGAAGAAGUUUAAGUGGUACUAUAAUAAUAUAGUGUAUUGUUAGAAUCAAUUCUGAAAUCAUAGCUUUUGGGUGUACACUUUUGCUUACUGAUUGUGUGAAUUAGACAAGGCAGCUCGGUGACAGAAACAGUGAACUUCCGGAAGUCGGAAAUAGAGUGUUUCCUCCCUCCCCGCUUUAGUUCGUCUUGGUUGCCGUGUGAGUGCGUCUCGACCAGAGUUGGAUAUGCUGCACCUCCAUCCAAGUGGAUAAUUGCACUUCCGACGGCUAAUCCUUUGAACUAAUUAUGGCACUGCUGCCGUGUAAUCAAGUGUAGAUCCUGGACUUCCGAAGGUCUUUCUCGUAGCGUAAAAUAAGUCGAACAAAAUGCGUUCUUAGUGAUUAGUUAAAAUCAGUCAUGUUCCUUUCGGUCACUUAGUCAAAAGUUUCCUUUUCCGAUUCGAUAAAUUGCGGUUCGUAAGCAACAGGUGGUCUUGCGACGGCGGCGGCGACGGCUUGGUGUCAACGAUAAGACCAUCUUCGAAGCUACUCGGCGUACCAACUCCGUCAAACCGUAGCCAAUUUUCAUUCAAGAAGGACCCGGUCAGCGCCAUUUAUGUUCGAGCUGGAUGACCCACGGGAAAAGCUGAGACUACUGGAGACUCCAGUGAAGCUGGUCGAUAAUCCAGGCAACAGUGAAACUGGCAAACUUACCAAGGACCUCGUGGAUGGUGAUUGCAAAAACGGCGUCGACGGUGGCGUGGGGGCCACCGGGGAGGACGUCGUCCUGGCGAUGACCACCUUCGGUCAGAUCAAGGCUGCCUCGCGAAAACCGGGCCACUGCAUGGACCUGGCCGACUCCGAUCAGCGGGAAACAUGGUCCGGGAAGGUGGACUUUCUGCUCUCGGUCAUCGGAUUCGCCGUCGAUCUGGCCAAUGUGUGGCGCUUUCCGUACCUGUGCUACAAAAAUGGUGGCGGUGCUUUCCUCGUUCCUUACUGUGUGAUGCUGUUGGUCGGCGGCAUUCCUCUCUUCUACAUGGAACUGGCUCUGGGUCAGUUUAACCGAAAAGGUGCCAUCACCUGCUGGGGUCGGCUAGUUCCUCUUUUCAAAGGUAUCGGUUACGCGGUCGUACUGAUCGCCUUCUACGUGGACUUCUACUACAACGUAAUCAUCGCGUGGUCGCUGAGGUUCUUCUUUGCUUCGUUCGCCAGUCAGCUUCCGUGGACGCUGUGUAACAACGAAUGGAACACGAUCUUUUGCAAGCCGUUUGAAGUUGGUGGUCCAAACAAGACUGCGACAGCGGCAAUUGCAGCUGUUAAUGGAACACUGGCCAACGUCACCGUUGCGGUGUCCAACGAAACGGUCAAAUUUGCCUCGGCAGCGUCGGAGUACUUCAAUCGCUACAUCCUGGAACUGGACAAAAGUGCUGGCAUCCACGAUCUGGGUACCAUCAAGUGGGACAUGGUCCUAUGUUUGCUGGCCGUGUACCUGAUUUGCUAUUUUUCACUGUGGAAAGGAAUCAGUACCUCCGGGAAGGUCGUUUGGUUUACGGCUCUGUUUCCGUACGCGGUGCUGUUGAUUUUACUGGUUCGUGGUAUUACCCUACCGGGAUCGGCUGAUGGUAUCAAAUACUACUUGAGUCCCCGGUUUGACAUGAUUGAAAAACCGGAAGUGUGGGUCGACGCGGCAACUCAGGUGUUCUUUUCGCUGGGACCUGGAUUCGGUGUGCUGCUGGCGUACGCCUCGUACAACAAGUACCAUAAUAAUGUUUACAAGGACGCCAUCCUGACCAGUUGCAUCAACUCGGCAACCAGCUUCGUUGCUGGAUUCGUGAUCUUUUCGGUGCUGGGCUACAUGGCACACUCCAGUGGACAGGAUAUCAAAGACGUCGCAACGGAAGGACCCGGUCUGGUGUUUGUUGUGUACCCAGCUGCGAUUGCCACCAUGCCGGGCAGCAUUUUCUGGGCGUUGAUUUUCUUCAUGAUGCUGCUGACGCUUGGACUGGAUAGUUCGUUUGGAGGAUCGGAAGCAAUCAUCACGGCACUGAGUGAUGAGUUCCCGAAGAUUGGCCGCAAUCGGGAGAUAUUUGUGGCAUGUCUGUUUUCGUUGUACUUCGUCGUCGGGCUGGCCAGCUGUACGCAGGGAGGGUUCUACUUCUUCCAGCUGUUGGAUCGGUACGCGGCGGGCUAUUCGAUAUUGAUUGCUGUGCUGUUUGAGGCGAUCGCUGUUUCGUGGAUCUACGGAACGGAACGCUUCUGCGAGGACAUCCGUGACAUGAUCGGCUUCGCUCCAGGCAUGUACUGGCGCGUGUGCUGGAAGUUCUUGGCCCCUCUGUUCCUGCUGUUUAUCAUCAUCUACGGCCUGGUUGGAUACGUGCCGCUCAGCUACGAGGACUACAUCUAUCCAACGUGGGCCAACGUGCUCGGGUGGUGCAUCGCCGGCUCUUCAAUGAUCAUGAUCCCGCUGGUGGCAUUCUACAAGUUGAUCGUCACGCCGGGAACUUUCCGACAGCGAAUGAUCAUCCUGACGACUCCCUGGCGCGAUCAGCAGAUGGCCGUCAACGGGGUUACGACGGAACCGGCUCAGGUUCGGUUGACCAACACGGACGAAGGCGAAGAGGUUUGAGUGCGAUCGUUCUCGCUCAAGUUUGACAUCUAUUUCGUUUGAUCGCGUGUCAUGUCUUAUGCAUGGCACGCAGGACGGGAGAUUUUUUUGUAUUACUAGGAUAUGUAAACCAAUUUUGGCGCCGCCAAGUUUGUGUGGGCUACAAAGUCGCUCAUUUUUAGGAUUAUAUGAAAAUUUCUUGAUAGCAAGUAACAGAUAACUAAAUGGUAAAAACGAAUCACUCACAGAGUGACACUCGGGAUUAGCGAAGCGCUAGAUCGGUUUUUACUGUGGUAGGUUUUAAGGUCGAUCUUCGGACAAGGACAAAAUGCUGUAUAGAUAAUAGUGAUCCAAGUGAUUUCCCAGAAUCCGUUGGCAGUCAGUGGAGGUAAACAACAAGCGAAUUGAAUCAUAUUUGAAAGGCCAAUCAGAUGAUGGUUGGCAGCGAUUGACAGGGUGUCUCUACACAGUUGUACAUAAAUUCGCGAUGUAGCCUGUCAAAAGCGAAUAGGAUUUUAUAAUUGAAAUUCAUAAUUUUGCUUCCAUUGGAAGAAGCGGCGUAACAUUGUUACUGGUUUGGUAUGAUAGAGGUAUUAUGUAGCAGUAGAAUCACACGUGGCGAACAAUGUUGAAACUUAACUAGACAAAGUGGUAAGGUUUGUGUCCACGGUAAAAUUGUUAAGGCGAAUGCCACCUACUCUGCUAUUAUGGCUUCUACUAUCGCUCUCUCUCUCUCUCUCUCUGUAUAGCUUCGUGUAUCAUUUCCUCUCGCGGUUGUCCUUCAUAUGAGCGAAGUGAAUUGGCUGCGAGAAUGGUAAGCUCAAUGGUCCGAGUGAAGCUUUACAGCCAUAAAGCUCCAUUUGGGUUAAGGGUGAACAUUCCCAGCUAAGUUCGUUCGCUUGUAAUGUUGGAUGCUUCAAAUUAUGGGUUUCCGUUGAUUUUCGAGAGCUAUUCUUGCAAGUAUACAGUUAAAAGUUAACUUAAUUGAAUAGAGAAAAAAAAAACAGAAAUCGAUAGGAUACUUACUAGCAAAUGAUAAAUAAAUCUAAACAAAAGAAAUAGGUAUACUGCUUUUCGUGGAUAAAUUUAAAA